ACAUCUUUGGCUUCAUCAUUCACGCAUACAACUUGAACAUUAUAUUUCAACAUUCAGUUCCUCCAUCAAUUGUGUGAGUUGUGUCUAAACAGACAUGGGAACGGGAUUGGGGUCUUCAUGGUUUAGCUUGAUUUUUAUAGGUUGUAUUAUUUUGCUUUUGCUCAAUGCUACUCACUGUGUUUCGUUUGUGCAAACACUUUCGCAUUUCGCUGAGUGCUCUGCCUUGUUUCAAUUCAAGGAAAGCCUUACGAUUAAUAUGUCUGCUUCUGAUGAUCCAUCUGCUUAUCCGAAGGUUGCAUCUUGGUCGCAGGAAGAUCAAGUUGAUCGGAAUCGGAGUAACUGUUGUUCGUGGGAUGGUGUUGAGUGCUAUGAGGAGUCUGGCCAUGUCAUUGGCCUUGACCUCGCCAGCAGCUGUCUAUAUGGUUCUAUCACUUCCAACAGCAGCCUCUUCCGACUUCUUCACUUGCAGAGGCUCGACCUCUCAGAUAAUCACUUCAACUUCUCUCCAAUACCGUCAAGAUUAGGCCAUGAUCUUACGAGCCUAACAUAUCUCAACCUUUCUCAGUCGUCUUUUUUUGGCCAAAUUCCAUCUAAAAUUUCCAAGUUGUCCAAACUGUCUACCCUGGAUCUGUCUUACAAUGAAAUACUGAUAAAGGCCAACCUGAGAAGCCUAGUCCAAAACUUGACCAACAUAAAACAGCUUCACCUUAGCUGGGUAGACAUAUACUCCACUGUGCCUGAUCUAACUGACAGCUUGCUGAUCUCUUUUAGUAUCUGCCUUAAUACUCCCCCGCAAGCUGAGCGUGGGAUCGACCAUGGAACCAAGGGGAAGCUUGGAUUUAAGAUAACGGAACCGACUGGUGGACAAAGACUUGGUGUGAAUAUCAGCCAAUUGAUCUUGACUACAGAUAAACUGAACUUUGAGAAGCUUAGCCAAGACUAA